GCGCCUGGUUGCUGGAUCGCUCGGCGGGGACGUGGCUUAUCCUCCAGACUCGCACUGCCCUGUAGACAGAUACACACACACACACACACACACACACACACACACACAAACACACACACAGACACACACACAAAGAGAAAAAAACACACACCGUAUUUAUACAUUUAAAUUCAUACUGCAAGACAUUUUACUAUUAUAAAACAGUAAGCCGAAUCUGUGAGAAAAUGGACACUAAAAAUUGCGACUCGAAGACCAAAGGUGAACAGUGAAGGCGGCUUGAAAGCAGAGACAUUAACCAUUUCGAGCCAGGCUUGCAGAGCGGGGCUAAGCACCGACUGGGUUGUUGGGUGAGGACAGUAAAGGCCAGCAGCUUCUCCCAGCGACCACUGCCCUGCCGGCUGCUUCUUCUGCAGGCUGGAUGUGGGAAGAGGGAAGGGAAAGAGCCAGCUUACGUGGAGUAGUGAUGGGGUCUGUGUUGGCCUCGCCUGUAGCCCAGCCCGUGCUGGUCAUCCUGGGCUUCGUUAUCGGCGUGUGGAGCCUCAACCCGGAUGACCCCAACGUCUGCAGCCACUGGGAGAGCUAUGCAGUAACCGUGCAGGAGUCUUAUGCUCACCCAUUUGACCAGAUAUACUACACUCGCUGCACGGAUAUCCUCAACUGGUUCAAGUGCACCAGGCACAGGAUCAGCUAUAAAACAGCGUACCGCCGUGGAGUGCGAACCAUGUACCGCCGUCGCUCACAGUGUUGCCCUGGCUAUUUCGAGAGUGGAGACUUGUGUGUCCCCCUGUGUACUGAGGAGUGCGCGCACGGCCGAUGUGUGUCUCCCGAUACGUGUCAGUGUGAGCCAGGCUGGGGGGGUCUGGACUGCUCUAGUGGCUGUGAGAGCGACUACUGGGGCCCCCACUGCAGCAGUCGCUGUCAGUGCCAGAACGGAGCCCUGUGUAACCCCAUCACGGGCGCCUGCGUCUGCACGGACGGCUACCAGGGCUGGCGCUGUGAGGAUCCCUGCGAGCCCGGCUAUUACGGCAAGGGCUGCCAGCUUCAGUGCCAGUGUCUCAACGGUGCCACCUGCCACCACGAGACUGGGGAAUGCAUCUGCGCCCCAGGAUAUAUGGGCGCUGUCUGUGGAGAACGUUGUCCAUCGGGCAGCCACGGGCCCCAGUGCGAGCAGCGAUGCCCGUGCCAGAACGGAGGGACAUGUCACCACAUCACCGGAGAGUGCUCCUGCCCGGCUGGAUGGAGCGGGUCUGUGUGUGCCCAGCCCUGCCCAUUAGGCAAGUAUGGCAUCAACUGUGGCAAGGACUGCUCGUGUCGCAACGGUGGCCUAUGUGACCACAUCACAGGCCAGUGUGAGUGCAUGGCAGGAUACACUGGCCGCAGGUGCCAGGAGGAGUGCCCUGUCGGGACCUACGGCCCGCAGUGUGCACGCAACUGCGACUGUCAGAACGGGGCCAAGUGCUACCACAUCAACGGGGCGUGCCUGUGUGACACGGGCUUUAAAGGACCCCACUGCCAGGACCGCUUCUGCCCACCAGGGCUAUACGGCCUCAUCUGUGACAAGUACUGCCCCUGUAAUGCCACAAAUACACUCAGCUGUCACCCUCUGUCGGGGGAGUGCUCCUGCGUGGCUGGCUGGACCGGUCUGUACUGCAACGAGACCUGCCCGCCAGGCUACUACGGCGAGGGCUGCAGCCUGCCAUGCCACUGUGCCAACGGGGCCGACUGCCACAGCGUGAGCGGGGCAUGCGUCUGUGCCCCUGGAUUCACCGGAGAUGACUGCUCCCAGACUUGUCCUCUUGGAUUUUAUGGAACUAACUGCACCUCCACCUGCCACUGUCAUAAUCAGGCCCCCUGUUCCCCCAUCGAUGGCUCCUGCAUCUGCAAAGAAGGCUGGCAGGGUGUAGACUGCUCCAUCUUGUGCUCCAGUGGAACAUGGGGUGUAGGCUGCAACCAGACCUGCAUGUGUGCAAACGGUGCAGCCUGCGACCCGAUGGACGGAUCCUGCACCUGUGCACCAGGCUGGACUGGCGAUCGCUGCCAGCUUCCAUGCCCAGGCGGCACAUACGGGCUGGAGUGUCAGGAGCAUUGCGAUUGUAACCAUGCCGACGGAUGUGACCCCGUUAGUGGCUACUGCUAUUGUUCGGCAGGUUGGACAGGGAUCCACUGUGACAGCGUCUGCCCUCGGGGCUUCUGGGGCCCAAACUGCUCCAUGACCUGUUCGUGCCAGAACGGAGGCUCCUGCUCUCCUGAGGACGGCACCUGCGUGUGCGCUCCAGGCUACCGCGGCACAUCCUGCAAGCGAAUCUGUUCUCCUGGGUUCUAUGGGCACCGCUGCAGUCAGACAUGCCCCCAGUGUGUGCACAGCACCGGCCCCUGCCACCACGCCACGGGCCACUGCGAAUGUCUCUCUGGUUUUUUCGGCCCACUGUGCAAUCAAGUGUGUCCGAGUGGCAGGUAUGGCAGGGCCUGUGCUGAGAUGUGUGUCUGCACGAACAACGGCACAUGCAACCCCAUCGAUGGCUCAUGUCAGUGCUUCCCUGGCUGGAUCGGAGAUGACUGUUCACAGGCAUGUCCUAUAGGCCAGUGGGGGCCCGACUGCCUGAACUCUUGUAACUGUCACAAUGGAGCCCAGUGUAGCGCCUAUGAUGGAGAAUGCAGGUGCAGCCCUGGUUGGACUGGCCUCUACUGCACACAGCGUUGCCCCUCAGGCUUCUAUGGGCGAGACUGUGCUGAGGUGUGCCACUGUCAGAAUGGUGCAGACUGUGACCAUAUCACUGGCCAGUGUGCUUGUCGCACUGGCUUCAUUGGAAGCAGCUGUGAGCAAAAGUGUCCUCCUGGGACAUUUGGCUAUGGCUGUCAGCAGCUGUGUGAGUGCAUGAACAACGCCACCUGUGACUAUGUGACUGGAACCUGCUACUGCAGUUCCGGGUACAAAGGCAUCCGCUGUGACCAGGCGGCACUAAUGAUGGAGGAACUGAACCCUUAUACCAAGAUCAGCCCUGCCCUGAGCUCUGAGCGCCAGUCAGCCGGUGCAGUCAUGGGCAUCAUCUUCCUCCUCCUCAUCGUCAUGGCCAUGCUCAGCCUGUUCGUGUGGUACAGGCAGCGUCAGCGGGAGAAGGGUCAGGACAUGCCCAGUGUCAGCUACACGCCCGCUCUUCACACCACCAACACCGACUACUCGCUCUCGGACACGUCUCAGAGCAGCAACAGUGGGCAGUGCUUCUCCAAUCCUAGCUACCACACUGUGGCCCAGUGCAGCGGAGCCACAUCUAGCACCAGCAACCUGGACAGCACACUCACUCUGAAGAAAGGAGACAGGAACAGCUCAGAAUGGAGAGCCUACUGCAAUCUGAAUGAGCUCGGCGUGGUACGAGAGGACACAUUGACAAUGCAGGACUGCAAAACCACGCGAAAGGCUAAAGACUACAUCAAGACGUCCAUGUGUAGCACCAGCUCUGGCUCCCUCAACAGCGAGAACCCGUACGCCACCAUCCGCGACCCUCCGGUCCUGGCCUGCAAGCACACGGAGAGCAGCUACGUGGAGAUGAAGUCUCCAUCACACAGGGAGCUGGCCUUCUGCCCUGCACCCAGUGCUGCUAAUACUAGCCUCUCCUCUGUGAGCAGGAAUGUCUAUGAUGCGGAGCCCACAGUGAGCGUUCUGCAGGGACCCAACGGCCUGGCAGCGGGCUUCUCCCAGAACCCAUAUGACCUCCCCCGGAUCAGCCACAUUCCCAGCCACUAUGACAUCCUGCCCAUGCGACACAGUCCCACACACGCCCCGCCAGGUGCAGAAAGCACCCCCAGCUCCCUGCUGUAGAGCCCACCCAGCCUACCUCCAGAGCACACGAUGACCACCACCUGACUGUGCAACGUCAUCUCACUAUUUUUUAUCAUAUCAGCAAUCCUUGUCUCGCUCUCUCUUUCACACGCAUACAGACACACAUACACAAAUGAAUCAAAAUAUUGAUGUAAAGGCUGGAAAUGCCGGACAUUAAAUUAGUGAAACAAGAUUGUGCUACGUGUCCCCCUCGUGUGUGUGUGCGUUUACACUGACUUCUUGGUGGGGAGGCUGAUUGUAAAGAAGAUUCCAAAUAAACUAGCACCUAUUGAUUUCUCUCUUUUCUCCAUUCCAUUCCCUGGAUGAUUUUAUUUUGUCUACAGACCGAACCAAGAAGAGGGAAGAAACAACAAAUCCAUGGAAUUUUCUGUAAUGUGCUGUGUGUAUUGAAGAGUAUCGUGGGGCUAGCAGGGUGGUCUGGUGUUGAUCAGUAUCCAAACAUGAAAAUCUUCUGUAGCCACGGGGGAACGUCUGUGGGAGUGUCCCAUGCGCCUGGUGUCGGUGAUACCCUCACAGAUGGUUCCGAUUCCUUACAUUGGGAGACAGUGGCAUCACCUGUUCUUUCAACCCGGCAGUGGCCGACCCAGUCCAUCUUAUUUGGAACCAAGAGGAAACUGUCGCCCAUAGAUGCAGUCUGGUAACCUUAGCUGAGUAUUCGUUAGUUUAAAAGGACCCCAAGGCCUUAGUGUCAAAGCAUGGUAAUUAGUAAGAAGUAGUUCUUAUUGUAAGAAAAAGAAAAAAAACAAUAACCAAAAAUGAGUUUUUGAGAACAUUGAUUUUUGGAUAACACUAUGGUAUAAGAGACUUGACAACAAGGCUUUGAACCAUGUUCCACAACUGAUUAUAGAAAGGUUAAAAAAACAAUGGCAGCUUGAUAUAACCUAAGCAAUGUCACUAAUGGAACUAGUCUAUAUCAACCUGGUGUGUUACACGUGCAUUCAUUUUUUAUGGGCAUAGUGAGCCAGAGUGAUGUUUGUCAUGUGACUAUGUAAAAAGCCCUUAAACUAUAGUGUUACAAGGUUGGUUUUUUUUACUUUUUUCUUGGAGUUUUUUUGCAUACAUCUUUUGCCAUUUUAGUUGUCUAUGUAUAUUCUUGAAAAUACCAAUGGUGGGUCUUGAAAAAGGCAUUUUAGUAUUUAUGGUGUAUUUAUUUGUAAUUUAUUUGCACAAGUGAUGGUUUUAAUUUUCUUUCUAAUGUAAAGUCGAAACAAAAAAAGUCUAGCAUGAGCAAAUUAUGACAGCAAGUGAAGUUUAAUUAUUUUCAUGUCAUUGUGCCCUUUGUGCACACUAUCGAUAUUUAAAAUAUAUAACGUAAGUUAGCUUUUAUGUCAAGUAAACGCAUCACAAUGGGCAAAGACCACCUACAUAUCUUAGACAUGUUCAAUACGUUUUACAGUUGAAUUCUGAAGUUCUAUAUGUGGUUGCAUACCCCUCACUAAAGCAAUAACAUACUGACAAUCACACAGGGAUAGCAGAGGUGCUGGCCUGCACCGCUACAACGGGGCAGGGUGCUUACAUUACGCCCACGCAGACUGUUUGUCACAACACUGAUUUCAUCUUUGUUUCAUCCAAAUGCUGCUUGAUGUUUUCUUACAAAAUUCAAAAUAAAGCUUACGAGUCUUAUUUGACAUUUAGGCCUCAUGACAUAGGGUCCAUUUGUGAACUUCCUGUUUCCCUGUUUCCCAGGUUACACCCCCCCCCCCCACCCCCAGCAUAGAACCAGAUUAACUACUUCUCUCCUGAAGGAAUUAACCAAUUCUGGCCGGUUUUUUUUCUGUUAAGAAGGGACAUAGUAUUUAAACUGAAGUCUGAAAUAAGAACUUUGAAUACAUUUAUCACAAAUUUACUGUAUUGUGUAAUCAUUUUUAUUUUGCACUUUGAAAUUGGAAUUACAGUGGAUAGAGUAAUAGUAUAAUCAUAAUUUAAAAAAAAAAAAAUCAAUCACAUUACAGCGCAGACAACAAAAAAUGUUCUUGAGGCAAUAUGUGAAAGAUAACUAAUAGAACAUCUAUAUUCACACCAGUACACACCAGCUCUGUGUAGGCUGGAUGCAGCCGUGCCAUCUGUACCUACACAUCAUUGGCACUGCCUAUUGUGCCUCCACCAUUCAGUCCAAGUCAGAUUGAGGGUCACUAGGGCUAGUGUGGAAAAAAGCCCACAAUACAGACACAGAAUGCACAAAGACAGAGCACCCGACUUUAUAUGUGCACAGUGUGGCUCCUUCUUUACAUCCAUGUUGCUAUGGCUAUAAGGAGCCAGUUCUGAGCCAGGCGCAGUUUUCUGAACAUCAGACAAAAGGCUUACACCUAUACAUUUAGACUGGCAGUCCACAGUAUUCGUUCUGAUUCUGUAUUAUUACGUCAGCCACUGCUGCCCUGGGAACAACUUUCCCACCCCUAACCCUGAAGAGCUACCACUUAGUGUCUGAUUACAGACCUGCUCCCUCAGAUGAGUAGCAGUUACAUGUGACCUUCUGUGAUGACCUCUUUAGGGAUGAAGGCUGAGUAGCUGAUGUUCUCGAGUAUCUCUGAGGUCAUUUGGUGCCACUGUGAUAUACUAUGAGUUACAUUUCCAGUCCUCACAAUCAUUUAUAUUUCACAAACACCACUACUCCUUAGACAGCCAUGAUGCACAAAACCCUUGCAGCAUGUGGUCAUUCCCACAUCAACUGAAGCACAGGAAUGUCUAAUCACAACAAGAUUAUACUGGGCUACAAUACAUUAUACAUCCUUAUUCUUAUACAUUUAUUUUGAUAAUUUUCCAUAGACCUUGCAGUCUACAAUUUCAAGUUUCUUACAUAAUGGGCACAAUAAUAAGCUAACAAAUCAGUUGGCUACUACAGAAUAAAUACUUGUUAAUGGUGUAAAGAAUUAGCUGUAGUGUGGGUUAGUCAAGGAAAGAAAUAUUGUAUUUGGUGCAAAGACACAGAAAAGCUCCAUUCUCAGUCAUACAUUAUGUACUGCAGGUGCUAGAUAAGUACUGUGUGUGGUGUUAAGCAGCAUUAGUCCCUCUUUAGCUUCUCUAAUGAGUGCACUACUUUCGGGGAGAGUUGCUGUGGUGAUGCCAUGAGCAACAGUCUCGAGUCUAAGACAGGUGGACUGUGUAAGACUCUCUAUCUAAACUUAUGACACAGUUAACUAUCUAGUGUGUUCAGAAUGCUGUCAAAUAAAUCUGGGCCUAUAUUUACAGGCAUCAAAGUAAAAUUUCAAGACAUUCAAACACCUUUUUGUGCAUAAAUCUGCUUAAUCUAAAUUUUGACAUCAGUCAUCGUUUCCCCACACAUUUACUCUGGCUAUUUUACCUGGCUACAACAUGAAACGUAUUACUUGCACAGAACGGAGUUCACAUGAAAGGGCAGAAAGUGUCCAGAGAAAGGGAGUAGUCAUGAUGGACAGAAUGAAUGCCACUACCACAGCACAAUGGGGACUCGUGAUAAAGGCCUCACUGCAAAGUCGUAACACCCCCCACCCCCAAAAGGGACCAAACUUGAGGCAUCCCC